UUUUCAGUUUAAAGAGUUGGUUGGUGAGUUUGACGUAGCUUUGAGGUAAGCGGGUCACGCAUAUCUAACGCGAGAGUGGGCGGCUCGCGCAGAAAUAUCAUUGAGUGAGGGCAGGCUCUGGACUGCUGGAAGAGAGGGAGAGUACUUUCCAUUUCGAGGACAGGAGACAGGCGGGAGCCAACUAGAGCCAUGCCACGAGUCUUCAUUGGGCGGACCCAUGACCUGUAUGGCAAGAGCCUGUGGGAGUUGUUGUGUAAUCUGAAGGACUUCGGUGUGGGCCGCGUGGUGAUGCGCACCAAGCCCAACAGAAGAUACCCAGAGCGUUCCUGGUUGAAGAUCAUCAGCGCACAGCCUGAAAUGGACCCGGAGAACCGGCGCGGAUCCGUGACGGUGACGGAGGUGUACCGCGGGGUGGCACUGCCCGGCGAGCGCGUGCUGCGGCGCACCACGGCGCUCACCGACUACCAGCUGGUACCGCGCCGGGAGGAGGCCGCCUUCUGUCAACUGAGUCCGGAGCGCGUCGCCGCCGCUACGCGCGUCCUGCCGGCCACCGUGCCCAAGCCGGUGCUGCUGCUGGAGCUGGAGCGGCAGAGGGCUUCCAGUGACGUCAGACCCGACAUGCCUGCCAUCUACCGGAGGGCGUGGUACUACCAGGUGGAGGGCAGCGGCGAAGGAAGCCGCGCAUGAGAACUGCGGGCAGGUGGAGAGUGAUUUAUAGAUUCCGGAACGUCCCGAGACCGGUAUGUGGCCGCGUUGGGAGGCUCAACGUGGUGGCCCUCAUCGCAAGAUGCGGGUCACCCCAGUGACGUCAUAGUCACAUGCGUGACGACUUCCGAAUGCCGCCAGAGCUGAUUUGUCAGAACAUGUCUACGCCGAUCAUUAACCAAGACUCGGUCUGGCGUUAGCUUGGCGUAGAAACCGUUUGGAUGUUGCUUUUGUGCACUGUGUGGGUGUGCGAGUUAGUACGAAAGAUCGACGUCAGGUGGCGACGCGGCGCAAUACACAGCGCAGGAGUGAGUA